AUGGUAGAAGGCGGUUGUCACAGAGAAUGUAUUUCUAUUCACAUUGGACAAGCAGGAGCCCAAAUAGGAAAUGCCUGCUGGGAACUCUACUGCUUGGAACACGGCAUAGACCAAAGUGGAUUUCUGGAUGAAUCAAUCGAUCAGAAAAAGAUGGACUCACAGUCGCUUCAAGCAUUUUAUUCCGAGUCCAAUAAUGGGAAGUUCGUACCACGUGCCAUCUACAUUGACCUCGAACCGACUGUAUUAGGUGAGUUCUUGCUAGUUGUUCUUGCUACAUUUUCCAGCAAAGAAUCACAUCAAGGACUGUGA